AUGACCCUGUGCUCUGGCUUGGAGAAGUUCCUUGGUUACCAAGAAACUUCCAAAGGCUACGACGGCACUGGCAUCGUGUACUCGGACCUUGACAGGCUGUGCGACGGGGUGAUGUCUUUCCUUCAUGGUGUUCUUGAGAGUGUGAGGGAUGAUGAUAACGUUAAAACGUAUGAUACUAAAAGGCUUUUUAAUGAUCUUCCUGCUUCAAUCAGUAAGUUGAUGCAUAAAGGUUCUAAUAAGUUUCAGGAAGCCAUCACACAAGUCUCCGAGGCGCUCGGGGCGUGGAGCGGUGAGCUGGAGAGGCGAACCGACGCACUUAGAGACAAACUUACCACAGUUAGCACAUCUAAAAUUGACAUCUUUAAUAGCGCACUUAAUGAUCUUAAUAAUGGCCAACCUGAGCAUGUUGCUAACCACUUAGACACUUGUAUCAUAAGAGCCAAAGAGCUUGACAACGCCUUUAAGGAGGCGGAAGAAAAGUACAAUAACCUUGAUCCUGGGCUUCGGCAGAAGCUUAAGGACCAUAUGCAUCGUGCUAAAUUAGAGGUUGCUAAAUUCGUUGCCGCUGCCAGCGAUGACCCUCUGAAGGCCGUCGUCGAGACGGCUGGAAGGAGGUUGGGGACUUUGGAGACUAGAGUGAAGGAUCACAUCUUUCACAGUGUAAAAGGUAUGCAAAGGAAGAUUGAUGAGGAAUUUAAGAACAAAAUUCAGGAUCCCAUUACCAAGGUCAAGGAGGAUUUGACUCUGGUUAAGAGCAAUUUGGAUACUUGGAUCGAUAGGGCCAAUGAUGUUUUUGCUGCGGCAUUCAAGAAGGUUGAGAAAAUUAUGAAGGUUCUUGCCGGUAAAGAAGGAGACAGUGAACCCAAGAAAAGAGACGCCGUGACAACGGCGGCCUAUAAAUUGCAGAAGAGGGCGGAUAGCCUUCGCGAGAGUUACGAGUUGGCCAGGAGCCAAGUGCUUGAUGCUGCUAGCAAAGCUCAGCAGGCCGUAGAUGGUUUGACUACGGAGCUUAAGACGGAUUUGGCAAAUUUGAAACAGGGGAUUACUAAGGCUGUUACAGACUAUGCUAAGGGGUAUGUUGGGAAAGUUAGGGAGCAAGUGGAGAAGAUUAGAGGAAGGACGGAGCGUACAGAAACAACAGGCCUGCAGGGAUUUGUGCAACACGUGAGGGAUACGUAUGCUAAUGGUUUCAAAAAAGGGGAGAAAGGAUUUGAGCAGAAAGUAGAGGGAUGGCUAGAUGGAAUACUAGAGGGUGAUACAGUAAAAGAACACAUUAAGGGUUAUGCUGAACAUACCAAUAACAGUGGCCGUUUUCGAAAUGGAUUCACAACUGUAGACGAAAUCACUCCUAAAAUCAAGGACAGAAUUAUGGAGGCCAUUAGAGGGGAUAUUCACACGGCUCAGAGCGAAAUUACGGAACUGAAUGACAAGAUUGGGGAUAAUGUUAAGAAGGCAUACGAUUGCAUGAUUGCAUUUGCCGCGUUACUGGAUGGGGGUAUUAAGGGUCAGAAAAGAAUUAAAGCGACUGAUAUCGUUAUGAAAAUCAGAAAAGAUGUCGUGUCAAAUGAGAAUGGUAAUUACGAGGAAUAUCAACUCACUAGGGCAGUAGACGUUAGCAUAGCAGCUCUCGUCGCCACUGUUAAUCAAGCAUGCAAUGAGCUUCAGUUGUUUACUGGUUAUGACGGUGGGGAGCAAUCCGAAAUCCAGAAAGUUGACAUAUCUUAUGAGGCAGCUAAGGGGCUGUGGAGUAAUCUUAACGAUGCGCUCAAUGGCGGUACCAGCCACACGCUCCAUAUGUCCAAUUUAUCGGUUGAUAUUGCCGAUAAACUUGAGACUACGAUUAAUGAUAAAGUUGAGCAUUGUUUUCAGAUGUCGCAUCCGGAUAGUGGUGAUGCAGGUGACGGUAUAGACCUUGGCCGUCUCGCGAAGCAAUAUAAUUGGCAGAAAAGACACGCUGUCGAUGGCAGAUGGAAAAGGAUGAACGAGACAAUUCCUCUGCUUGUACUAACCAAUGCGAAAAGCAAUGGUGAAACGUAUAUAUCAGUUGCAGAAGAAAUCGCUGGUCUCCACUCCGAGUUUGACACAGCCUUCAAGGCUUUUAUUCAAGCCGUUGAACGGCUUAUCAAGAAGGACAAUGGUGCAACUCAAAACAGUCUAUAUCACUACUUGGCGGAUUUGAACAGCAUUGUUACGGAGAAUAAGGUGUGCUCCCUUGAGUCCGAUGUAACCGGGCAAGCCCAUGGCCUCCAGAAAAUUUACAGGGACCUUGUAAAGAUCCUCGGAAAUUCCAAGGUUCCCAAACCCAACCCAGAUGGUAACAUAACAACCAUAGUAAAGAACGCCGAAGAAUUCUAUAAAACAAUCGCGACGCAAGCUGACAAAGUGUUCACCGACCUACAAAGUUAUGUAACCACCCAAGUCCAGAACGCCACAGCCGACAUCCAAGACGAAGCUAAAAAGCAGUAUCACGGCAAAAUUCAUCCCAUGUUCGAGUCGAUGAAAGCAAACGUGUCCGCCCAUGUCAAAGACAUAAAUAACACCAUAGACGACGAUUUGAAGAGCGGAGUAAAAGGCCUUUUAAGGCAGGUGAUGGAUCAUGCCAAUACAGGUACUAAAAGCCGGAAUAACAAGCUGGAUAAAUUAAAACAAUAUACGAACCCAAAAGAUCACGAAAGCGUCAAGAACCUGUCAAAUGAUUUACGAGAAUAUUUAAAACCAAUUGUGAAUCAUGUCGAAAAUGAAGCGAUGACUCCGGGUACGCCGGGCGCAAAAGGCCCGGCCUCAGAGAAGCAGGAAAAUAAGGUGUCUAGAAAGGUCAAUGAGAUUCAUGGGCACGUUGGCCAAUUGCUCGGUCACCUGAAGAAAAACGGGGAAAGGAAAUACAAUUACGAUCACGACUUUGUCAAAUUGUUCCAAGAGCUCAAGACGUCCGUCAGCAGCCUGUCGCCUCCCACGUUCGACGGUUACAAUAAUGCUCUCCUAUCAGAUGCCAUAAAGGCCGGCAUAAAUGGGUUCAACAAGGAGUUGGAUAAGGCGUACGUGAAUGCGUACGCUGGGAAGGAGAUUAAAACAUGGACGGAAAAGGACGGCGACGGCCGUAAGGCCGCCAAAAUCCUGGUCACCAUCAUGAAGCUUUUAGAUGACGAUUUGACAGAUUUGCGACACGAAUGCAAAAAUGGUUGGAAGGAGAAAAGGAUUUGCCUUGUUUCCAAGCCUAACAAGCCUAAUCCCCUCGGCGCAUUUUUCCAGGACUGCGGCUACAGGGUGUCCAAGUUGGAAGAGCCCUAUGAAGGGGAGCUGAGAUGUCAGCAUGAGAUGAGGGGGGGAGACGUUUUCGGGAAACUUGUUGCUUCGCUGCAAGAUGUCAACAAAAUUGCUCAUCUCGUUAAAUGCCCAUCAUUUAAAGAAAUUACAGAUGACGUAAAUAUCAUAGACCUACUUAAAUGUCUCACAUCUCACGUCAGUGAGUAUUACCAAUCUUGCCACAUUCAGAUACAGAAAUCCAAAAGGUAUCCGUGUUCCGUUCGUGAUAUUUGUGUAUGGCUUUCCGGCCUUCCUCACACUGCAGUUUAUGGUAAAAUAGAUGGGCAUUGUGAUAAGUUGCUUAACCAGGAAGACGAAGCGACGAACACAUUCCCCAACCAGGCCGAUACAGUCAUGAAGAGAUCCUUAGAUUACCUUCAUGGUAACAUUAAAACUUUAUGUCACUUGGCACCUAAAAUAUUAGUCUCCAUCCAGGGCCACGGCAGUGGCCUUAACCACGCUGCGUACCCGUAUGCCUGUUGCUUAGAGAAUAACCACGGACAAUUCUAUUACCCCGGUGAUCCGUCGUCGUUGCUUGACAUGUUGAAAGAUAUGUGUAGUCGUUUGUUGCGUGCACUGUGCUUCUUAUACCAACAAUGUAGGUACACAGCAUCCGACGGCAACGGGUGGCGUGAGUGUCAAUAUGGUUAUCGCGUCGGCACCUACCAGUGGGUCUGCGGCAAGUCAAGCAGCGAACCAAACACACAACCAAAGUGCCAACCAAAUAGUGAACCAAAUGGCCAACCAAAGUGCUUACCAAAGUCCCCGCUUCAGGCCCAUCUUAUGGAUGGCCUUCCUGGUUUCAUGCCACAUAAGUUCACAGCUGUCGGUUGCCAGCCCAUGUGCUCAACGUGCCCUAAGGGCUCACUGGUUGGGCAGUGUAUCACCCCAAUGGGCUUUGCUGAUUUGGCAACUGCGGGGUCUAUUACAGGCCGUGGCGAAGAUCUUAUUUAUCUGCUUGGCACGCUUUGUAAAAACGGCGGCUCAGUCCUAUGUGAAUUGGUACAUUCAUUACAGUGCAUAUCGCCCUCUCCACCGAAGGGCUUGGCAGAGAUGUUCUCGUACUUCUGUAACGUAAUGCAGAAAUCGUACGGUUCCUUGUAUGGUCAUGAAGAUACAUUCAAGGGGGAAAUUGACAGUGCUAUUAAUAAUAGUUUCCCAUUCCGAACGUCGCUGCAUAAUGAUUACCAACCUAGCGAUCUCACCGCUAAAAUAAAGGAACUGUGUGGCCCUGAAGGUAAACACACAGCAGUACUCCUCGACAAAAGUCAUUGUGACCUUUGGAGCAUAUCGCAAAAUUCUAGUACUGUUGAUUUAAGAGACUGUCCUCUUAAAAACACUACCUGCGCUCCCUACCUCAAAGCACUCUGCCACGACGCCUGUCACACAUAUCCUCAGAAACAUAAAGCCUUGUAUCUGUCAUGGCUUUGCCGGUUGGCAUGGACAUUCUGGGAUUUGCUUGAUCAGUUGCUCAAGGCGUUCAAUAACAUAUCCUGUCAAACAUAUGGAUGUCAAUGUAAAUGCGGCUUUGGUAAACACGGCGUCACUGAGGAAGAUACAUCGCAACCUCCAAAAGUUCCGACGCCUCCCAAAACAAGUUGCCACUGCAAUUCAAUAGUCCAGUGCAAAGGCGUAAUGUCAACAUUCUACCUGUACGGAUUCACAUUCGGAAUGCCGAAAGAGUUGAUGGCAUCCGGUAGCAAGAAGACAUGUGACAAUUUCGUAAAGCAGUUAACAAGAGUGCUGCACAAAGGAUACUUCAAAGAUUUAUUUGAUGAAAUUGACAAUUUCAUCUGGGCAAUACGCACACCCUUCUCCUACCUCUUGCUAGCCCUCUGGUCGCUGUCGCUCCUGUACCUGCUGCACAUCGCCGUCGUCCGCCUCGACGUCCUGAGGAUUCGCUCCCACUUAAAAUCACCCUCAAGCCACCGCAUCGCUGCACAGUCCCUCCUCGCCGCCGCACGCGUCAGGGCACUCACCAACGUCAAGUACUUCUCACCAUAA